AUGGUCGCAGUACGUCACAGUUGUGGACGGGCAACAAGUGACAACUGGACAGGUUGUCGAUCUGCCUUUGACUUAUUAUGGACCAAGUAUACCACUUGGGGAAGGGUGGUCUUAUGGCGGCUCAGCGUCACCAACUGGGAGCGCAGAAUCAGAGACCGAGACAACCGCGUCCGGGCCAUCUACGUCUGUACCCACGCCUUCGGCUUCGGCCUCAAGUUUGGCAGGGUCAGUGACGUCGGGAACAACAACAACAACAACAUUGUCCACUUUGUCAUCCCCCUCACUAUCGUCGUCCACAGCAGCAUCCACCUCCCCAACCACAUCCCCAAUAUCCACAACAUCUUCACCACCAUCAUCUUCCCCAUCACCAUCUCCCUCAUCUUCACAACCAUCUACGACAACAUUGUCAACACCUUCAUCAUCCAUAUCCUCUCCACGCCCCUCCUCUUCAACAUCCCCAACGCAACCAACUCGUCUUCUUCGGUAGGGGCUGCAGCAACAGGAGUGACCCUCGGGAGCAACCUCGCCGUCAUCCUUCCAUCCAUCCUCGUUCCCUUUGGUGUCCUCGCUGCCGUCAUCCUCCUCGUCUUCUGUCUCCGCAAGAGGCGCAAGGAGACUGAUGCGAAGAGAGCCGCCAUGUACACCGCGUACCAUCGAACAGCACCACAAUGGGAGCCAGUGCCGACUACCGAGCCACCCGAAAAGCCCAGGGGACCCAGUGGCGGAACGGCAGUCGCUGCCAACAUUGGCGCAGGGGCUGCCGCCGUUACCGGGGCACAUGCCCUAGCUGCCGGCGCGCGUGGAGGGGACGACAGCAGCAGCACGUCAUCGGCUGGCGAUGAGCGCUCGUCUCUCCUGCACCGAGGCAGUGUCGGAGGGAGUGUGCGGGGUAGUAUGCGCCAAAGUGCUGGAAGUGGUGCUGCCAGCUAUGCAGGGAGCUCGAGCGGCCUCGCAGGCGUCGGAACCGCAAUGGGCGCCGCUGCUGUCGCAGUAGGCGGGUUAGGUCUCCUGCGCUCUUUAGGCCUUGGUAAGCGGCCUAGAACCGAGAGCCCCACGGACGUCGACGAGCAAGAGCAGGAGCAGGACGAGGCUGCGCGAAAAGUCAGCGGCAACACAAUGGAGCGCAUGAUCGGCCUCGUCCGUCCGAACCGCGGGAGCAAGCGAUCCAGUGGGACGAGUGGACAACGUUCCGGGAGCGGGGGCACGAACAACACGUCGGCCGACCCGAAGCGCUCCUCUGGCGGCACAAGCACUGGUGCGUACGUCCCUGUUCCUGAAGACGAGCUGUUCUAUGCGCCCCGACCGAUCAUGGACCGCUCGAUCGACAGCGAUGAGAUGUACCACAGCGCGAGGAGCAGGAACUCGUCCAGCGACUAUGACCCAGGAACAGUCGGCACGAGGGGCUCAAAUUCGUCCAGAUCGUCUGGUGGGCACUCGGGCCGCUCGCAUGGGAGCAAGAGCAACAGCAGUAAAAGCUCGCGCGGCUUCCGAGGCGCGGGCGGGCGCGUCCACUCGAUGAUCCUUGAAGAGGGUGUCCCUCCCACUGCGGCGUUUGCUGGCGGCGACCUUGGCUUGCCCGAGACGCCUACAUCAGCCUCGUUCUCGAUUUACGACUCGGCAGGCUCUGGGUCUGGCUCCAAAGACGGACAGGACCUAGGCGAGUUCGGCACGCGUGGAAGUGCGCGGGGCAGUCGACUGGCUCUGCCGCCUGGUUCCGCGGCUGGACGCUACUCUGAGCGCAACAGCAGCGUCGGCACGUUUGGCACUCCAUUCGACCCAGACAGCCAAAGCCGGGGUUCCACCGAGCUCCUUACGACGGGCAACAGGAACUGGAUAUCCGACCCGGCGCUUGUUGGCGCCGGCGCAGCCGUUGGUGUGACUGCUGCCGCUGCUGCUGGGGGUGCUCGGAGACGGUCUGUGGACAGCAGGGGCCGCUCACCAUUCGCCUCACCAGAGAGCACCCGUAGCGGUCACGGCAUGGCUCCUAACGACUCUGUCGACACCACACCGCGUCUUCCCCAGGGCCCUGUGGGCAUGGUGCCGCUCAACGUGCCGCGGUCUACUGAACCGCGCCCUCUCCCGCUCCCUCCUGGUGCUGCGCGUGCUGUUCACCCUGGCGCACACCAACGCUCAGGCUCGCAAGAGAUGAUGGCUGCUGCCGCGGCCGCGCUCGCUGAGUACCAGCGGUCGGGUGCACACCAGCGGACUGCGUCUCACCAGUUUUACGACCGCACGCCGUCACCGGUCAAGCAUUCACGCAGCGCGUCGACAAGCCACGCACUCCUAGCUCCGAUGCCCGGGCUGAACCGUUCUGCUCCCGGUCCUAUCAUUCGACCUAUGCCUCUGGCCGCGAGCGCAGCAGUUGGUGGUGACAUGAUGCUGUCACCAUUCGGCCCACCGCCUAGGUCUCAGGGAUCCGGCUCCAAUUCUCAUCCAUCGACAGGCCCCAGCCUGCCGAGUGCGAGUGCGCAAGGCUUCGUGUUCCCCGCGCCACCCGACAUCAAACCCGAGGCCCAACGGUCGACAGAAAGCCUCGCAGAACCCAGACAUUCUGGGACGACGGCGAGCGCGGAUGGAUCUCAGCGGCGGGGUAGUGCGCCACGGUCGGCGACGUAUGACGAGUUUGGCGUGCAGCAGGGCACGGCGAGUAGGUCCGAGCCGAUCCUUAUUCUCCUCAACUCGCCGGACAUGUCGCUCUCGGAUGAUCGGCUAGAGCGGCGCACGAACCGCGAGUCGAGCUCGAGCGACGCGGGCAGUGGGUGGGAUGAGGUCGGUACGGUGCAGCGGCUGGGACAAGAGUGGAACAGUGGGCUUGGGCGGGGCCGGUUGUCAGGCUACAGCCAAAUGGGCGAGGUGGCGGAGGAAGCCGAGCCGAGCCCAUUCGACCCCGUUGAGGCAGUCACACCAGAGCGUGCACGGCGCGGUGAGUUUGGGUCGCCAGUCAAGCUGCUUCAGCGGCUGUGGCGUUAG